ACUGAACAAGUUGACUGUAGACAUCAGAUAGCUGGCUAUGGUGUUGGCCAUGGCCUCUGAGGAUGCUCAGAGCUUCUUCCAGCCUUUCUCUUCCUGGAUAUCUCGGGUUUAUGAAGCUCUCCAGCAAGCAGGAGAUACAUUAUCUGUAUUGCUGGUUAACGUAAGCAAACAAGACUCUAAGUUAAAUGACAAGCUAGAUCAGGACCUAGAAGAUAUUCAGAUUCAGGAAACUUACUUUGAAGAUGAAGAACAAGACAACGAUUGGAGUAAAGAAGAUCCAAAUUCCUUGUUUCUUGAAGUGGAUCACUUCUCAUGUUGUAAUAGUGAUUUGCAGGACUCUGCCCAAAAUUCAAGCCCCAGGCUUAGCCAUCAUGCGAAAGACUCCUGUUCCAUAAUGUCCCAAUGGCCCAAUAAGACCCUUGAUGACCAAAAGUCACCACAUGUGCUUUCUUCAAUUGCUGAGGAAGAAUAUCAUCAUGAAGAACAAAGAAGUGGCUUUCAGCACAGCUUUGACAGCCAGCUCCCUGGUACUGUAGAAAAUGCUAAUGGGAAAAACCAAGUUAACAGCUUCGGGGAUGAUGAAGAGCCGUCCACAUCUUCUGACAGUGAUGAGGAGGUGAUCAAACAAUUUGAGAUUUCCGUGUCCCGGUCCCAGAGUUUCCGUUCAGGAGCAUCUGAGAAUGGAAAGCAGACAGGAUUGGAGCUGAAACCGAAAUCGAGCCGUUUGCUCUCUACCCAUGAAGAAGGCAGCACGGAGGUGUCUGCCUGUGAAGAUUUGAAUGGGGCCAGCCAUCUGAGUUAUUCUGAGAAUCUGUCUUAUGGUGAAGAUGAUUCCAUUGCUGCCCACUCACAAUCCCUAUAUGAGAGAGGGGACACCAGGCAUCAUGGCGCAUCUCACCACGAGACCAGUGUGGUCCGAAGCCUCAGUCGCCACUCCACAGAGGGCAGCUUGGAAAUGGAGACAGCUUUUAAUAACCGGGGGUUUGAAGAUUCCUAUGCCACUGACAGCUCUUCCCUGUGGAGUCCAGAGGAGCAGGAUGGAACCAGUUUGCAGGUGCCAUCUGGGGUCUCAGAGCCCAUCUCCAAGUGUGGCGACUUAGAUGUCACCUUCGAAUAUAGACCUGCAAGCCAGAAGCUCAUAGUGACCAUUGUGAAAGCACAGGGCCUCCCAGAAAAGGACCGAAGUGGCGUCAACUCCUGGCAAGUUCGUGUGGUGCUGCUGCCCAGCAAGAAACAGAGGGGCAGGACAAGCAUACAGAGAGGGCCCAACCCUGUCUUCAAAGAGAAGGUCACCUUCUCCAGGCUGGAGUCCAGAGAGGUGGCUGCCUGUGCUAUCCGUUUCCGCCUGUACGCUGCCCGUAAAAUGACCCGAGAGAGAAUGAUGGGAGAGAAGCUCUUCUAUCUCAGUCACCUGCACCCAGAAGGGGAAAUGAAAGUGACUCUGGUUCUGGAGCCAAGAAGUAAUAUAAGCAGUGGAGAGUCUCCGCUCAGCCCAUCUGCAAUUUCUCACAGCGAUAGUGCUUCAUCCACGCAGUCGCUGUCUCAUGGAGGGGCGCCAGAGCUGUUGGUGGGGCUGUCGUACAAUCCCACAACGGGGCGAUUAUCUGUGGAAAUGAUCAAAGGCAGCCAUUUCAGAAACCUCGCUGUUAACCGAGCGCCUGAUACAUAUGGAAAACUCUUUCUCCUCAAUUCUGUGGGUCAAGAGAUGUCUCGUUGCAAGACAUCUAUUCGACGUGGUCAGCCCAAUCCUGUCUAUAAGGAGACCUUCGUUUUCCAAGUGGCUCUCUUUCAGCUCUCUGAUGUCACAUUGAUGAUUUCCAUUUAUAACAGGCGUACUAUGAAACGUAAAGAGAUGAUUGGUUGGAUUGCACUGGGUCAAAACAGCAGUGGAGAGGAGGAACAAGAUCAUUGGGAGGAAAUGAAGGAAAACAAAGGCCAGCAGAUCUGCAGAUGGCACAGUUUACUGGAAUCCUAGGUGUGCCAACAGGCCAUGGUGUGCCCUGUCCCUUUUGGCCAACCAUGUUGCUGGCUACUUACCCCAAGUUAGCGUACGCUGGUGAGCUUGUCAGACUUUCAAACAGAGAUUCUGUUGACCCUUAGAACAUUGCGAGUGGAAGCUUCAGCUUUCUCAAGGUUUAACUUCAAUUUAAUUAUUGUAAUUAAAGAAAACUUACUCAGCCCAAUGUACUAUAUGGGAAAUGUUACCAUAGUUGAUACCAGUGAUGAUAAAUUAAUUUAUGCUAAUAGAUUAGUGAGUUUUGGUUCAGACUAUGGAAUGAAGCUUCUGCUGUCUCUGUUUACUUAAAGAGUAACCUGAAAUUGCAGGGGAGUUGUUAAAUGUUACUAUUUGCAAUCAUUUAAGUGUAUGAAUCACAAUUUUCUUAAUGCAGUGCAAAAACUUCCAAAAUACAGAAAUGAUUCAGAUGCUGAAUCUCAUAGAAGAAUGUAGUAAUAGUAAUCCAUAAUCUCUUAUUUCACAUUUUCCUCUUUAUCAAAUGAAUCUAUC